AAAAUAAGAGCCAUCAGUUUCAUCUAUCUGGCUCUCAUACUACUGGAUAUUAUUAUUUUUUGGGGGGAUAUCUUUAUUUCUGUCAUCAUAUUUUUUCCUCAUUUUCAAUCACAACUUUGAUUUUUUGUCAUUUUUUCCCCACAUUGGAGACUUCUCGCGCCGUCUACUCUUUCUAAUCCUCCACUCAUUGCAUUGGACUAGACAGAUCUGCAAUCUCAUUUCUUUUUUGUCCCCUCCACUUCUCUCCUUUCUUGGACUUCAAUUCUACAAACUGACGGGACUGGAGCCACGGUUCUUUACCUCCACUUCUGCGCCUCCUCCGGGAUCCAGUUUGGCGUCUUGUGUGCAUAUAAUACGCGGAACCGAGCGCGUAAAAAAGGAGAAAUAAAGAGGUGACAUCAACUCCUGAAGAGCUGAGAGGAUGAAUUAAUGUGUCAACAUGGUGCCAUUUUGGAGAUAAGUCCCCCUACUUUUGAGUUCUUUUCACAUUUCACUUCAUGGGACGAGAGGGGAAGCUGGACAUCAGGUGGAGAUCUCCUUGAGCGCAAACAAACGUCACCUGCACACGCAGCUUUUGACGGCGCGCCUUCCAAUUAGCAUCACUAAUUGGAUUUUUUUUUUUUAUCUUGAACUCAUCAGUCUGCAGGUUGCUUCCCUCCACCUCCUCCUCCUCCCCCCUAACCUCCCCCCCACCUUCUCCCCCAGAAGUUAUGUCAAGGCCUCUCACUCAGCUUCUACCGCCGGAUCUCCCUGCCGGGGCAACCAGCCCCCAAUUCGGGGCCAGCAACCCGGCUGGAAGCGGCCCCCAAGGUUCACACCUGACCUCCAUGACCAAUCUGAAGUCCCUGCUCCAGCUGCCAAUCAAGGCCGACCAGAGAGUAACCAAGGACUGCAGCGAGAUGAAAGACAAAGACAAGCCCGCGGACUCCGACGAGGACUCGGUGGGUGGGAAUAACGCGCCCAGCGGGGCGGGAGGUGCCCCUGGCUCUUUGCGUUCCAGCUCCCAGUCGGCGUUCCUGGGCCCCCUGCUGUGGGAGAGGACCCUGCCGUGCGACGGAGGUCUGUUCCAGUUGCAGUACAUGGACCUGGAGGAGUUCCUGACCGAGAAUGGGAUGGGGAUGCACAGCAAUGGACCCAGCUCCACCAGCGCCCAGAUACCAUCACAGAGCUCCCAAUCAGCCGUUCCCAACCAGAGCUCCCAAUGCCCGCCGAGCUCUCCUCCCUGCUCUUCAUCCUCCUCAUCCAUGUCCUCUUCGUCCUCCUCGUCUUCACUGCUGGGACUGGAGACCGUCCAACCACAACCGCCACCGCCACCACCUCAGCAACAGCAGCCAGGCAUGAUAGGGGGACCUGAGUGUCUACACGGAGGUCCGUCGGUUCCUCAGGACGCUUCACCCUCCUCUACCUGCCCUCCGGGACCCUCCGGAACACCGCCUGGCCCCAACGGCAACAGUGACAUCAUGGUGAACUUUGACCCCGACCCGGCGGACCUGGCGCUGUCCAGCGUGCCGGGCCAGGAGGCGUUCGACCCUCGGCGGCACCGCUUCUCCGACGAGGAGCUGAAACCUCAGCCGAUGAUCAAGAAAGCCCGCAAGAUGCUGGUCCCCAACGAGCAGAAGGACGAAAAGUACUGGAGCCGGCGCGUCAAGAACAACGAGGCGGCCAAGCGCUCGCGGGACGCCAGGCGGCUGAAAGAGAACCAGAUCUCGGUGCGCGCCGCCUUCCUGGAGAGGGAAAACGGCGCCCUUCGCCAGGAGGUGGCCGACAUGAGGAAAGAGCUGGGGCGCUGCAGGAACAUCAUCAACAAGUACGAGAGUCGACACGGAGACUUGUGAGGCGGCGAGGGAGACGAAGACACAGAUGAAGGAGGAAGGGGUUCUUUUUGGGAGGGGAGGAGGAAAUAAGAAAAGGGUACAAGGCAACCCAACAACAGCGGCACUUUAGUUGAAGUGGCGAACGGAGAGGCAGGCGUAGAUCUGCAGCAAGCGCUGUGCGACACCGGGCGCAAACACGAAAAGUGUGUUUUUUAAGUGCGCGCUGUGCUUCAGGAUUGCACGACAGGAAAGCACAGUGACGCCAUCUUUUUUCCUGUUUGACUCUCUCAGUCUCUUUGUACAUGCUGCUUUGUUGAACCCACACGACGUACUGUAUCACCUUGUGUCACCUCGGCAGCUUACGUCACCUUCGGUGCUGUGCUUACGGCCGGUGUCGCACCACGUUUUUUGCAGGUAGUGCGUUCCAGCCGCUGCUCCCGGCCAGUUCAAACAGGGUGUUGAAUUCACAUUAUGCCAGUGAAAUCUCACUUUUUAAGCUCAAGGCACGGAUACAAGCCAGGAGAGGUCAGAUGUGUAAUUUUUUCUAUAUAUAGGACAAAUAAAACAUGUAUAUUUUUGAACUGGGCAGGAAGGCAAGACUAGUCCAGCAAAAAGGAGGAGGCUGACGGGAGGAGGAAAGAGGAAGAGGUGCAGGGUUUUCGUCCAUAACGCAAAGAGAUUUUGACAUAGGAUUAUUGUAUAUUUUUCUAUUAGCAGAUAGUCAGGAGGAUUUUGGAGAUAAUCUUUUGUAUAUUUUAUAUAUGGGGCGGGGAGGGGCUGUUAGCUGGACAGUCACGGGGCCACAUUUACGCUUUUCCUCCCAGCUGUUUAUUGCUAAACAACAAAUAAUCUAUUUUCGAUUUCACGGAGCCGGUUAGUCAAGAGGCGAAGCGUUUCAGAGAAUGUAUCACGGUUGAAUCAGGUAUUUCACAUGGUGCGAGACAAGGUGCGGUAUCUUAGUAACGAUUGUUUUUGGCGUUGGGGCGCGUUUAAAGCGGGGAAAGACGGUGAAACAAAAAUUGUAUAGUUUUGAGAAAAAAAUCUUUGUGUCUUUUGUUUUUGUUUUUUUUUUCUUUGUGGGGCUUGUUCGAGCACUUGAUUUGUUACCUUCUCUUUGAUUCCGUGUCUGAUUUUUGAAAUAAUCGCAGGGCUUUUAUUUUGAAGGCGAAGGAGGAAAAUAGAGAGGACAGCAAAAGGGAGCGACUAGCCAUCAGAACGCCCGCUCAGCUCUUGGAGCGGGCGUUCGAAAACUACACAAGGGUGGACGAUUUCGCUGGCAGGUUUCUGCGUUUACUUUGUGUCUCGCUCUCACGCUCACACUCAGACGCACUAUUUGUAAAACAAGAACACGACGUGGUUGCAGUCUUUCUCUCUAUUUACUCCUCAAUUUGUCCAGGAUGAGCAAAAAUGAAAUACUAACUGGUUUAGGGUUGAUUUGCCCGGAUUGAACAGUGACUGAGACCUUCAGCAUGCAGACACACAACAAACACACGGACACACACACAACCUCACCCGGGUUUUGAAAUCCUUAUUGUUGUUGUUGAUGUUGUUAUGGACUUCUAUGGUGCUGAUCUGUUUGAUCCUUCACCUGACACACACACACACACAAACAUGCAAACACACACACGCAAACAAACAUUUUAAAACACUUCCGACACACACAGUACUGAACUGCCUAUACCCUUUCUUUGUCUUUUAAUCUCUCUUUUGAUUUCUUUCUUUUGUUGCAUAUUGUAUGGAUAAAUCGUAUAUAGAUUUACACACAAACACGUGUCUAUACCUCUCCUUCAAACUUUACCCAAUGAAAAACCAGAAAUGCACCCUACUGCUACUGUACCAUAAAACUGUACUAUUGAAUAUUGAACUAUUCUCUCACUAGAUAUAUAUGUAUAUGAUAUAUGCUUGAAUUAUGUGAUUAUAGUUGUAAUAUACAUAAUUGAAUAUAUUACAGAAAAACCCAUUUGAAUCAUUUUGUCCGUUUUUUCUCAGGUGUUUUUGUCUGAGGUAUUAAAUACACAUUAAAAAAAAAAAGUCUUUGAUUUG